CAAAAAAAAUCUCAAUCCUUCAGAGAGAAAAAAAAAACAGGAAAGAAAAUCAAUCGUCUGUUUCUCUAAAUCGAACCCUUCGUAUUGAAUUUCCUCUGGUUUUUUCUCUAGAGUUUCCGAUCAAAGAAACUCCUUGCUCACAAUUCAAAGUAGACAAGAGAAAAAGCGUGAAUGUUGUAAUGGAAGCCAAAGGUGGGAAAAAGAAGUCUAGCAGUAGUAGUAAUUCACAACAAUACGAAGUUCCUCUGGGUUAUAGCAUUGAAGAUAUUCGUCCAAACGGUGGAAUCGAAAAGUUCAGAUCUGCUGCAUACUCCAACUGUGUGAGGAAGCCAUCCUGAGACGCAUUCAGAAAGCCAUAUAUUCGUAGAUUAGGGUUUCAAUUACCUGUUCAAAUUUCAUCAGUUAAUAAAUUCAUCCACCGGCCAUUUUCUUUUUCUUUUUCUCGUUGUUUAAAAGCUUAAAUAGGUAAACCAUGUGGUCUUCUUCGUCCCCAAUUGGGUUCGAGGGUUUUGAGAAGCGUCUGGAGAUUACUUUCUCCGAGCCACCAUUCUUCAUGGACCCUCAAGGAUUGGGCCUCCGAAUUCUCACUCGGACCCAAAUCGAUUCCAUUCUCGAACCCGCUUGCUGCACCAUUGUAGCCCACCUUUCGAACUCGGAGCUCGACUCGUACGUACUCUCUGAAUCGAGUCUCUUCAUCUACUCAUACAAGAUCAUCAUAAAAACCUGCGGGACUACCAAGCUCCUCUCCUCGAUUCCACCGAUUCUCCGACUCUCUAACGAACUAUCUCUCAGUGUCUCAACCGUUAAAUACUCCCGCGGAACCUUUAUCUUCCCGGAAGCCCAGCCAGCCCCUCACCGGAACUUUGCCGAAGAAGUGGCUGCUCUGAACACGUACUUCGCCGAAUUGAACCCCAAAGCUUACGUCAUGGGAGACGCCGGGUGUCCCAACCGGAACUGGCAUAUUUACUCGGCGGCGAAAUCUCCGGCGCCGCCGCAAACGGUGGAUAAUAGAGACGAGAUCAAUAUGGAGAUUUGCAUGACUGGAUUGAGCAGAGAUAAAGCGGCUGUGUUUUUCAAGAAGUCCGGAAACGACGUCGAAUCUUUCGUUUCUUCCAAGGAAAUGACAAAACUGUCCGGCAUAAACGACAUCGUUCCGGGUCACGUGAUCUGCGACUUUGACUUUGAUCCUUGUGGAUACUCGAUGAACGGGAUCGAGGGUGCAGCGUACUCCACCGUGCACGUGACCCCAGAGGAUGGAUUCAGCUACGCCAGCUACGAGGCCGGAGGGCUCGAUCCCAAGGCCAUGGAGCCGUUCCAGCAGCUGAUCGGGAAGGUGCUGACGUGUUUUGGGCCCACUCAAUUCUCCAUUGCUGUCACGUGCGCGUCGCUUGAGGCCCUGAUGUGGGCCACGAGGCGUGCUGAGUUGGAAGGGUACACGUGUUUGGAUUUGGUGAAGCAGGAUCUCCCAGGUGGCAGGUGCGUACUGUACCGUUCUUACUCUGCUAGUGUGAAGGAGAGCGCAGUGCGCACCCGUAAGGCCCUGCGGCUCUGGAAGGAGGUGAAGGCGGCGGAGGAAGUGGAUGGUGGUGUGGUUAUGGUGGCGUCCUGCCUGUGAGCUUUAUAUUUCGUCACAGCCAAUAAGAAGCGUUUGUCGUUUGUUUGAGUCUGUCACAGCUUGUCGUUUUAUCAUGUGGCAUGUUGUGAUUAUGCCUUUUUGUUAUUCGUGUUGUUUAUCAGUUUCUUGUUCUAUUUUUAUGUUUCGAUAUCGAGAAUUAUGAACUCGAAUGGUAUUGAUGAGAAUAAGAUCAUUUUAUGUUUAUUUGUUAA